GCGUGUACUAACCACUUCAUAAACAGUCGAAAUCAGAUCUUGCUGAACUUUGUCAACGAAUUUCUCCAGUGUCUGUUCUCUUUGGCAGAGGAUGUUGAUGCGACUGUGCGAAAACACGUGUGCUCGGCUUUUGUUCAACUUCUUGAAGCUCACCUUGAUCGACUACUUCCUCAUUUGCCAAACAUUAUCGAGUUUAUGCUCCUAAGAACGCAAGAUGCAGACGAGAAUAUUUCCCGAGAAGCAUGUGAAUUCUGGCUUUCACUUUCCGAGCAGCCAAUUUGCCAUCAAGCCCUGUCUCCGUACAUCGAGCGGCUUAUCCCUGUACUAGUGCGGGGCAUGAAGUAUUCAGAGAGUGAUAUGAUUCUCUUACGCAAUGACCUUCUGGAAGAUGCACAUAUACCCGAUCGGGAAUCAGACAUUCGGCCUCGUUUCCACAAAACAAAAAAUAAACUGAUGUCGCCAGAGGAUGAUGAUGACGAUGACGAAGACGACGAUUAUGUUUCCAAUUGGACUCUGCGAAAAUGCUCCGCUGCUGCGUUGGAUGUACUUGCUAGUGUAUUUCAUACAGAAUUCCUUCCCAUUCUGCUCCCCAUUAUGCGAGAUUUACUCUUCUCACCUCAAUGGGAUGUCAAAGAAUCUGGAAUAUUAGUUCUUGGAGCCAUUGCUGAAGGGGAUGCUACCGUAUCUCCCGGAACUUGUCCCUUUCCUGAUUGGAUAGGUUCGUUUGUGCGCAUCUUUUUAUUCCUCUCAAACCAACAGCUAUUGAAGCGAAUUCUAGACUCGAAUAAGCGUGUCCAAGAGGCAGCGUGUUCUGCGUUCGCAACACUUGAAGAAGAAGCCUGUACAGAUUUAGUCCCUCAUUUGGGUGUUAUAUUGCAGACACUUGUAUGCGCUUUAAAUCAAUACCAACACAAAAAUCUCUUCAUUUUGUAUGAUGCCAUUGGUACACUGGCUGAUUCUGUCGGACAUCAUUUGAAUAGACCGGAAUACGUUGAGUUGCUAAUGCCUCCACUGUUUGAGAAGUGGAAUGCACUGAGGGAUGAUGAAAAAGAUCUCUUUCCUCUGCUAGAAUGUCUCUCUAGCAUGGCGACGGCCUUAGGUACGGGAUUUCUGCCAUAUUGUGCACCCGUAUUCAACCGUUGUGUUAACCUAAUCGAUCGUACCAUCCAUCUAAGCAAGCCGGAUGUGUAUGAUUCACCGGACAAGGACUUUAUGGUCAUAUCACUCGAUCUGCUCAGUGGUUUGCUAGAGGGUCUGGGAAUGCAGAUGGAAUCGUUGGUAGCCGGUAGCCCACUAGUCAAACUGCUCUAUGAGGCUGCACAGGAUCCACAGCCUGACGUUCGCCAAAGUAGUUUUGCACUGCUGGGCGAUCUGACCAAGGCAUGCUUCGUUCAUAUCCGACCACAAAUCGGUCAAUUCAUGUCUGUCCUGGUCAACAACUUGGGCUCUGAACACAUAUCUGUGAGCAACAAUGCAAUCUGGGCUAUCGGAGAAAUCUGUAUUCAGUUAGGUGAGUUUUUUCUCUCUUAUGUGAUUUCAUUAUCAAACCGAAAAUCAUUUUAUGCACCCCAAAGGGUGACUAUUCAGCAACCACUAAACCACAGAAUGACAAACACAAUGAAAAAUAUCAUACAGCAAUUAGAAAAAAACGAAGCAGGCAACAGCAUUAAAAAAUCAAUCGGAUACCAGGAAUUUAUAAUCCGUUUAGAUUAA